UAUCUUUACAAUUUGAAAUUUGGUUGAAUGAAUUUUGCAACUUAUCGACAUCUAAACUGCUAAUAAUUAUUGUCUGUUACACAUGAUUAUUAAAUAUUUCUAAAUUUUGUGCCACCAAGUCAAAAUCUACUGUGGUUUACAUCACAUACGAGAUACGUAGAAUGUUUUUCUGUUAACUUUUACAGAAACUUUUUGUUUUAAACCAUAAACAAAAAAAAUCCUAUUAUAUCCAUCGAUACAUGACUAAAAUUACUGAUGUGCUAUAUAUCAUUGCUUACUAAAAAUAUUCAAUCUACCUACUUUGCCAAGUGUUACUAUAUAAAUGACUACUGCAAAUAUUUCUGUACCAAAUAUUGACUUAUUUGUUCAAACUAGUUGACCCAGCAAACACUGUUAUGAAUCAAAUCCUUUUUUCUUAUCAGAAUAAAAACUAUCCUAUCUCUUAAGUUAGAUUUAAUAAUGCACAUUAGGAGGAAAGGGAUUGUUAGUAAUGAGUUUUAACAGGCCCAUUGCUAGCAAUACGCCCUAUCAAGUCGACCUCCACAUAGUUCCCCCUGGAAAACAUAGUGAUUUAUUCUUGUUCAAAUGGUCACUACAUGCCAACUGACCUGCUUUCAUCCUCACCUAUCACCCUUCGCUGGUAUCCCAUGAGUGUAUAUCGAUAGCACAUGCAGGGUUGUUACUAUUCCAUCUUCACCCAUUAAAAAAAUGCACAUUGAAUUGAUAAAAAUUGUUAGUAAUGAGAACAGCCCCAUUGCUAGUAAUAUACCCUGUCAGAUCAACCUCUUUACAGUUCCCUCUUUUAGUUACUUUGAUGAAUUCAUCACAAUGUGCCAACUGACCAGCUGUCAACCUCACCUAUCACCCUUCACUGGUGCCCCAUGAGUGUAUAUCGAUAAUGCAUACAGGGUUACCAUUCCAUUAUCAUCCAUUAAAAAAUCCUUACCUAUCUUCUCUCACUGGUGCCCUGCCAGUGUAUACCCCUAACAUAAACAGAGUUACUAUUGCAUUAUCAUCGACAAAAAAUAUAACAUUUACAAAAUUUCAUAAAAUUUGAUUGAGCAGUUUCCCAGAGUAUUGUGAACAAACAUUGUGACAGAAGAUUUUUAUAUAUUAAAUUCAUGUAUUUUAAAUACACUAUGGAGGCUUAAUGUGGUGAAAAAUUUGCAGUUAAAUAUUACCUAAAUGUUGGUAAUGAAAUAGGUAUGUAGAUACUAUUUACCUGCAAAUUUUUCAUUCUAUUAAGUCCCAAUAGUAUAUUUAAAAUAUGAGUAAACAACACAAAAGUUUAAAUGUAAAUGAAAUGUACAUCUAUUGAACUUUGUACUGUCAUACAUUUUUGAAAACUUUGUUAUAAAAUGAUCUUAAUUACUUUAAUACUGAAUUACAUUAUUAAGACAUAAUUAACUGACACAAUCUACUUUAUUAUUCACAUGUAAUAGACAAUAAUAAUUAGUAAAUUAUUCUACUCUCCAGUCUCCAGUACCCAUAUCAUGAAUUGUUAUAAAAUAGAAUCUAUACCAUAUUGAAUUUUGUCCAUCAACUAGUAUAAUUUGUGAUAUACUAAAUAAACCAAUCACAGAAAAUUAAAAAUGGAUGGUUCAAUAAAGUGACAAAGUAUGGCAUCUAUAUUUGGACUGAAUGACUGCAAAGGCAAUAGUUAAGAAUAAUAAGAUGAGAAGUCUUCAAUUGACAUCACACAGUUCCUAAAACAAUAAUGUUGGAACUAAGCAUAGAUGAUAGUGCACAAGGGUGGAAAUGUAAUCAAUGAUACAAUAGCUGUACAAUAUUCAAGGAAAAUUUUAUUUAAAUUUGUCUAAUUGAUUGAAAACAUGGCAGACCAAAAAUUAAAAAGCAAAUCAUCCAGAAGUAUCAGAGAAGAAUCUAAACCAGCAAAAAGACAUUAUAAAGAAGACACCAAAUACCGUUAUGAGUCUAAAACUCCACCAUUACCUACAUCUAGUGUUACUAUGGAAGAACUGAUAAAACAAAGGGAGUCUCUUAAAAAAGAAUUGAAAAAAAUAAAUUCUAAAAAUUAUUUGGACACCAAAGUAAAAUUACAGAAACAUAAUAAAUAUGAUAAAUCAAAAGAUAAUACAGUUUUAAAGUACAAACGAAAACAUAGCAGUGACCAAAAAAAAGAUGACAAAAAUAUUGUAAACACUUCACCUGACCAUAUAGAUUCAGAAGAUGAAGAAAGUAUUAUAGAACAAAGAAGGAAACGGCGUAAACAACUUUUAGAAAAAUUUAUUACAUCAUCACAUGAACACAAAUCUGAAAGUAUAAAAGAAGAAAAUAUUAUCGAAAGUGCCAGUAGCAGUAAUGAAACUGAUAAUCAAAUACAAAAACCUCAAAUAACAACUGUUACUAAAGAAACAAGAGAUAUGUUCUCUGAAAAAGAUGAUUUUAUCUUCAAUAAUGACUCUGAAUUUGUGACACAAGAUAAUGAAAAUAAUACACAAUUAAUUGACAACUGGGAUGAUCCAGAAGGAUAUUAUAACACGCGAAUUGGAGACAUUAUUGAUAGUAGAUAUACAAUAAAAUGUAUAUUAGGUCAAGGCGUAUUUGCAAGCGUUGUUCGUGCUCAUGAUAUUAAAAAUGGCAACAAAGAUGUUGCUAUAAAAAUAAUAAGAAAUAACGAUCUCAUGUAUAAAACUGGUCUUAAAGAAUUAUCUUUUUUGAAAGAAAUCAAUGAUGGAGAUAUAGAAAAUAAAUACCACUGUGUGAAGUUUAUUAGGCAAUUUAUGCACAAAGGACAUCUUUGUUUAGUGUUGGAAUCUUUACACAUGGACAUGCGAGGUGUUAUAAAAAAAUAUGGCAAACAUGGUCUCAAUAUGAAAGCGUUGAUGAGCUACAGUAGACAACUAAUGUUAGCUUUGCGACUUUUAAAAAAACUUGGUAUUAUACAUGCGGAUGUAAAACCAGAUAACAUUCUUGUAAACGAGAAAAAAAAUAUUUUAAAAUUAUGUGAUUUUGGCUCAGCGUCAAAAGCUGAAGAUAAUGACGCCACGCCAUAUUUGGUGUCCAGAUUUUAUAGAGCGCCGGAAAUAAUAUUAGGAAUACCGUAUAAACACGGUGUAGAUAUUUGGUCAGCCGCAUGUACAAUUUUCGAAAUGGCAACUGGAAAAAUACUGUUUACUGGAAGCUCUAAUAAUAAAAUGUUAAAAUGUUUUAUGGACUUCAAAGGUAAAUUUCCAGCUAAAUUACUAAGAAAAGGUAAAUUUAAAGAUCAACAUUUCAACUAUAAUAAUAAUUUCCUUCUUCAUAAAAAAGAUGAAUUGUCUGGUAGAGAAAAAGUAGUUGAAAUAAGUAAUGUUUGUGCCACUAAAGAUUUACACAGUGUACUUAAAAAAUCAGCUAAUAACUUAACUACUAAAGAUGAGAAGAAAUUAGGCCAACUGAAAGAGUUCUUAGAUAGAAUUUUAGUAUAUGAUGCUUACCAGAGAAUGUCUAUUUUGGAGUGCCUAAAACAUCCUUUUAUUCAAGAAGAGUUAGAAAAAUGAUAUUAAACUGAAAAGCAAUAAAUAAAUUUUGUUGAGGAUAAAACUUUUUUAUUUAUCAUUA